AUGUUGUGGAGCCUUUUUUGUGUCACUCCUCCCCACGAUACGUUUAAAAACCAACAACUGAAAUAUCUUUUACAAUUCUGCCAAAUAGAAACACCUUUUCUUUCUGUCUUUACCUUCACAAUCAUGCCAAACACAUUAUCUGAUUCAUACCUCAAAACUUCAGUCUGGAAGCCUGAUUUGUUCAAAGGAAAAGUUGCUUUUGUUACCGGUGGUGCCGGUACCAUUUGCAGAGUUCAAACAGAAGCUCUUGUUUUACUUGGUGCUGAUGCUGUGAUCUUGGGUAGAAAUGCCCAAAAGACAGAAGAUGCAGCCAAGGAAAUUGCUCAAUUGAGACCUGGUGCCAAGGUUCUCGGAUUGGGUAAUAUCGAUGUUCGUAAAAUCGACACUCUUAAGGAGGCUGUUGACAAGACUGUUAAGGAGUUGGGAAGAAUUGACUAUGUUAUCGCUGGUGCUGCUGGUAACUUUAUUGCCGAUUUCAACCACAUGUCGUCCAAUGCUUUCAAAUCUGUUAUAGAUAUUGACCUUUUGGGAUCAUACAAUACAGUUAAGACUACCUUUGACCAAUUGAGAAAAAAUAAAGGAUCCGUUAUCUUUGUUAGUGCCACUUUACACUACACUGGUCUUCCAUUUCAAGCUCAUGUUAGUGCUGCCAAAGCUGGGGUAGAUGCUUUGAUGAAUGCCUUGGCUGUUGAAUUGGGUCCUCUUGGUAUCCGUCUCAACUGUAUUGCACCGGGAAUGAUUGAAAACACCGAAGGUCUUUCCAGACUUAAACCUCCAACACAAGUUCCAAUCGAGAAGAGAGUUCCUAUUGGACGUAUAGGUACAACUACUGAUAUUGCUGAUUCUACAGUGUACUUGUUUUCAGACGCUGCAACCUAUGUUACCGGUACUAUCUCAGUUGUUGAUGGUGGAUUGUGGCAAGUAGGAGGAAUGUUGGGAGAAUUGUAUCCAUCAGUUGUCCAGAUCCAAAAUGAGGACCCUCAGGGCAAGUUGUAG